AUGGAUUAUGGAUUGGCAAGGAACCUACAGUUUAGAAGCCUGCUGAAAAUCAUCUGCAUCCUCCCGACGGUGGCUUAUGGUCAGCUGCUCCCUUUGGAAGAUGCGAAAUACGAGGAGCACGUGGUCAAAGGGGUGCGUGAUCGCUCAGUUCUGCUGGCAUGCGGCGACGUGGUCUUGCCCAUGGUUGUCUUCUGGAGCUUCACCAAGCUGGGCUCGCUCAUUCCCAGGGCUGUUGCCAUCAGCAAUGGGCUAGAGUCCAAGGUGGAGAAGGCCUCUGCUGUUCUUGGGGAGGUGACUUUGAGGAACAGCACCCUGGAGAUCGAGAAUCUGCAAAAGGCAGCGGAAGGGCGCUUCAUGUGCCAGGCGAUGUACGAAGAGGAAGGGGAGAUCAGGGUGGCGUAUUUCUACAUCGAGCUCAUUGUUUUGGUUCCUGUUUCAAAGCCCUUCCUACAGAUGAACAAUUCAACGCCCGUAGAAGGCAUGACCGUCGUGAUGACGUGUACAGUGAAAGAAGGGACGCAUCCUGUCGAAUAUUCCUGGCAGCGCCACACGAACCGGGAUGGCUUGGUGGCUGUCAUAGAAGCAACGGGCGGUCUCUUGAACCUGACGUCGGCUAACCGGACUCACAUGGGUUGGUACACCUGCACUGCCCAGAAUGAGGUCAAUAGCCAAACCAGUGACAGAAUGUACCUCGACGUCAUCUAUGGGCCUGACGAACCUGUGAUCAGUGUGGAGCCGUUUGCCAUUAACCAACAUGGCUUCCUAGCCAAUGAGCUGGAAGAGGUGAUUAUGACGUGCCUGGCUCUUUCUAACCCACCCAGCCACUACAUUUGGUUCUACAACAGCUCUCAGGUGUACUCUGGCCAGAAGUAUGUGAUCACCAGGAUCUCACGGACCCAAACGGGCAUUUACACUUGCCUGGCCCAAAACAUGCAUCUGAAUACACGUACCCAGACGGCCAUCAUAUUGACAGUCUACUAUCUGCCCAAGGGGAAGCCCAGCUGCACGCCGCUGCCGGCGGCCAAUUUCCGAGACCUUGCUCUGCACUGUUCGUGGCAGGGGGGUUUCCCCCCGGUGCGGCUGCGGUGGGUGAAAUCCGGGCAGAAGGGAAACCACACAGCGACCUACUCCCAUGCCACCCAAAUCCAUCUAGGCACGGACGUUCACAACGGGAGCUCAUACACGUGCCUGGCUUCCCAUCCGGCACUGAGAGAGGACACCAUCUGCAGGACCACUGUGUGGGUUCCAGGCGGGAGGCCGACCUGCAGCGCCGUGGCGACGAAGCAGAAUGAAUUCCUCAUGCUGACGUGCGACUGGGCAGGCGGAGAACCCCGGGUGACGCUCUGGUGGAGGGACUGGAGGGACCGCGUGCUGGGAGGGCUGAAGCAAUCCCAUAACAUCUUUGUCAUGAAAUCCAACGCUAGCCUCGGGGGCAAGGAAUUCACCUGCAUGGUGGCUCACCCUCUUUGGGAAAGGGCUGCCGAGUGCCAUGUCCUUCUGGAACCUCCCAAGCUUUUGGUGGAGAGGUCCAAGGUGUCCCUCUUUGAAGGCAACGAGGCCCAGCUGGCUUGCCUGCUCCAAGGCACUUACCUGGGCUCAGAGGUCUUCUGGUACAACAACAAGAACCAGGUCAUUAGAGCGGACGCUCGAAAAUACAGGCUGCAGCAGGAGAACGCCUGGUUUAACUUGACCCUCCGGGAUACCGAGUGGAUGAGGGACAGCGGCAUCUAUCGCUGCGCUGCCGUGAACGCCGUGGGCAACGCUUCUGCCGCCAUCAACCUGCAGGUUAAAAAGUACCCCACCCCACCCAAUGUGACCAUCAGCAAGCUGAUGUACACCCGCCACCGCACGGAGGUGGAGGUGGAAUGGCAGACCCAGGGCGCCGGAAACCUAACCGGCUUUGUGGUCCAACGGAGGGACGCAAAGAAGGCCCUUAAAAAGCAGCUGGCCAGCAUCUGGGAAACGGUGGCCAGCGAUAUUGACCCCGACAUCCGCGACCACAAGCUGGGUGGGCUAGAUCCUGCCAUGGUGUAUGCCUUCCGCAUCCUGGCUGUGAACCACCGCACUACGGGGCACCCCUCUGAAGUGAAGACACCAGCCGACCCUCCUUUUAACGCUUACCCCGCCGUGAUUGGUGCCGCAGUGGCAGGAAUGAUUGUGGCAACAAUCACAUCUCUUCUGGUGUUUCAGUACAUCAUUCGGAACCGGGAGAACAAUCCAAGGUUACAUGACCUGCUCUUCAGAAUGGCCGGUGCAGAAGCCCACGAGCACAUCAGUACACCGGAAGAUGCCGAGACGGCAACAGGCAUUGAUAGCGAAGCCGGUGAGCAGGUUGGAGAGUCUUCGGCUGCAGCUGAAGGACCAUCCGCAGAAGCUGGCCUGGAGGAAGCUGCAGCAGCCUCCGAGGAUCCCAUGGUGGCCCCGGAAGAUGCCUCAUCUCCAGCCCUUGCUCCAGAUCCCACUGCUCCAGCUCCUUCCACUGAUGAUGACCCAGUUAAUGUUACAAUCACAGUGACGGCAACCCCAUGA